UUAUUAGUGCUCCUCCAAUCGUCUUGAAGAUGUGGGUGAUCUUACCGUGUCAAUCACAGGACGAGGGGAGGAGUCAAUGCAAAUCUUACAAGCAAGCAGUUCUAUUCUAAGAAUCAUAUGGAAUGUACGGUGUUUUGAUGUUUGAAUGAUAUAUACUAAAUAUAAUGGACUUUACAGUGAAUUCUCGCGAGUUAAUUAAAGGACGAUGUAGUGCUGGAACCCAGUUUCUUAAAACAUUGAUUUCAACUUCAAAUACCGGCUAAAAUCUUGAAGGAAUUUUGCACGUGGGUUUUUAAACUUCCAAAUGGCAACUCAACAUACGUGAUUAGAUACAGAAUUCAAAUGGAAAGACAAUGAGAUCAAGGAAAAAACCCGAAAGAGAGGUGGACGAGGAAUUAUUGACCAGGACGAGCUGGGUCAACGCCGAACUAGCCUACAAGCAUGUCAAAAAGGGUAAAGCGGAUGGAAGCGCCAGCGCUCUGUGGUUAAGAAUGCACAUACAGCGAUACAUGUUUAAAAUCGGCCAAUUCCUUCAAUUACAUUGUGGGAAAGUACUCUUUGUGGGAAUAUUACUCCUGUCUUUGUGCUGUAUCGGAUUAAAAACUACCACACUGCAGACAGACGUUGAGAAACUCUGGGUUGAAGAGGGCGGUAGACUGGAAAAAGAGUUGGAAUACACACGAUCCACGAUCGGAGAGGGACGGGGAACGACAAGUCAGCUGGUCAUCCAGACCCCAAAGGUUGGCUCCAACAUCCUCACCGUUCCCUCUUUGCAGUUCCAUCUAGACACCCUCCGGAAAGUCACCGAAAUCUCCGUUGACAUGUUUGAAGUGACGUGGAAAUUUCAUGAUAUCUGCUACCUUCCCGAAUUUCCUAAGACGGAGGGAAGCUACAUUGACAAUAUAAUAGAACAGUUACUUCCCUGUGUAAUUAUCACCCCUCUGGACUGCUUCUGGGACGGUGCGAAACUUCUAGGACCCGACCACACCGUCUACGUAGAUAUAGGUUUGCCAAUAAAGUGGACAAACUUGGAUCCAUUGGGUUUUAUUCAAGCCUACGGACAGAAAUACCCCACAUUCUCCGACGUGAAGGACAUAGAGGAGCUCAUGAACAGGUCUGGAAUAUCUCGAGGAUAUCUGGAUAAACCUUGCCUUGAUCCUUAUGAAUCUGAGUGUCCCCGAUCAGCGCCAAACAAAGCCUCCAGAGCUGCCCCAGAUAUAGGUGCCGCCUUGACAGGCGGGUGUUCCGGCAUCUCCACUAAGUAUAUGCACUGGGACGAAGACCUAAUAGUUGGAGGGGUACGGAAGAACAGAACAGGACACAUCGUUCGGGGUGAGGCUCUGCAGUCCGUAAUUCAAUUAAUGGCCGAGAAAGAGAUGUUCCAGUAUUGGUCAGAACAUUACAAAACUCACAGUAUUGGUUGGUCUGUGGAGAAAGCUAAAGCAGUCCUUGAGGCGUGGCAGAGGAAGUUCACACAGGUGGUCAAUAACGCCCGAAACAGUACGAAAGGAGACGAAAUUUACGGAUUUUCCUCCGUGUCUCUGGCAGACAUCAUGAAAGAAUUUUCUAACCUCAGCCCCACUCGGGUGGCAUUGGGAUAUGUCUUGAUGGUAUUUUACGCGUGUAUUUCACUGAUGAGAUGGAAUAAUGGCGUCCAGUCUCAGAGCGGGGUGGGCGUGGCUGGAGUCCUAUUGGUAGCCUUGUCCGUGGCUGCCGGACUCGGAGUCUGCGCAGUCCUUGGUAUCAGCUUUAAUGCCGCCACCACACAAAUCAUUCCUUUCCUGGCGCUCGGGUUAGGAGUGGAUGACAUCUUUUUAAUGGCACACACGUACGGAGAAAAUUCGGCUAACAAACACAUAGCAUUCGAUGACCAGACGGCCGAAUGCCUUAAAAGGACGGGCGUAUCGGUGUUCCUGACAUCAGUGACGAAUAUCCUCGCCUUUCUUUCCGCAUCCAUCAUUCCUAUCCCAGCAUUGCGAACUUUCUCAUUGCAGGCCUCCAUCCUCAUUUUCUUCAAUUUGUUCAGUGUACUUCUGAUAUAUCCAGCCAUUUGUAGCCUCGAUUUGUACAGAAAAGACAAUAAAAGAAUUGAUAUAUUCUGUUGUUUUCAAAGUUUUGCUGAUUCCAAAGACACAGUGAUAGAACUUCAACCAAAGCAGAGUGACCUGUACGACCUGAAGGAGACCAGUCCUCCUCCCAGCUAUAAUGAUUCCCUCCCGCCGAGUUACAACUCCGUCAUCAAACACAACACGGUGGCGCGGUCUGCAGAGGAGGGUGGGGCUGCGGUCACUACGCUGGCCACUCCCUCAAUCAUUGACCUCCCCCCGCUGGAGGGAAUAUUUAGGUGCCGGCCGCGCUCUUUAUCAGCUGUUUGUCCUUCUACUACGUCAUCAAGACAAUGCUUGACGACACAAGAAAAUAUCUCGUGUGCAGAGAAAUUUGCACGCUUUCAGAGACAUAUACUUAAUUCAAGUUUGGACACCUUUGCGACAAAUGUGUAUAGUCCUUUCAUUAAAAAGGCGUAUGUCAAAGUGUUUUCCAUUCUUGGAUUUAUAAUUUUAUUGUGUGUGAGUAUAUAUGGAAUUGUGCAUGUGAAAAACGGCCUUGACCUGACUGAAAUUGUGCCAAAACACACCCCGGAGCAUAAUUUUUUGACUGCUCAGUCAAAAUACUUCGGCUUCUAUAACAUAUACCUUGUUACCAAAAGCGGGGUGGACUACCCUAAUAAUCAAAGACUGAUUACUCAAUACCACCGUUCCUUUCAAUCCAUGGAUAAAAUCAUCAAAAGAGAGGACGGAUCCUUGCCCAACUUUUGGCUAGACCUGUUCCGGCAGUGGCUACAGGACCUCCAAAGAACUUUCGACGCAGAAUUUGCAGAAGGCAGAAUUACCCAACAGGACUGGCGAGCUAAUGCCUCUGAUAACGGCAUCCUCGCCUACAAGCUGCUGAUCCAAACGGGAGACGUCGAUAACCCAGUGGACAAGAGCAGGAUUCCUGGUACCAAGCUGGUGGAUUCUGAAGGAAUCAUUUCUCCAGAUGCUUUUUAUAAUUACCUGACUGCUUGGGUAUCAAACGACGCUAUGGCGUAUGCUUCGUCACAAGCCAACUUUCAUCCAGAACCCAAAAUCUGGUUGCACGAUCCCUUAGAUCGUGAUUUUAAAGUGCCUAAAGCUCAGCCCUUAACCUACACACAGCUCGCCUUUUAUCUGAGUGACCAAACGUCCACGGAAGUCAUUUUGGACACUAUCAAGGCAGUUCGUGAUAUCUGCGACACCUACACAGACAGAGGAUUACCUAACUACCCCAGUGGUGUCCCCUUCACAUUCUGGGAACAGUACAUCAAUCUCCGCUUCUAUCUGACCAUGUCCAUCGUCUGCAUCCUUCUGGUCACCUUUGUAGUUUUGACUUUGGUGUUGCUUAACCCGUGGCUAGCCAGUAUUGUGGUGGUCGUCCUUACAGUUAUGGUGGUGGAGUUGUUCGGAUUUAUGGGUUUGUCCGACAUCCGACUAAGCGCCGUCCCUGCUGUCAUACUUAUCGUCAGCGCCGGUAUUGGGGUGGAGUUCACGGUUCACAUUGCAGUGGGCUUUUUGACAUCCAUUGGUUCGCGGAACAAGCGGAUGACGAUGUCUUUGGAACACAUGUUUUCACCUGUAGUGCAUGGAGCCAUGUCGACACUGCUGGGCAUCGUGAUGUUGGUGGGCGCUGAAUUUCAGUUCGUUGUGAAGUAUUUCUUUAACGUCCUGGCGGCUCUGAUUGUCAUUGGUUUACUAAAUGGACUUCUACUACUCCCCAUUCUUCUCUCACUCAUCGGACCGAAGGCAGAGAUAAGACCUAAGAAUGAUGAGGAGAGACUUCCAACACCAUCACCAGAACCAUCACCGAAACCUAAAAAGAAAUCGUCCUCCUCGGGUUCACGUUCUCGGGGAAGCGGGAAACAUUUUUAUCCUCGAAUCCCCUCGGACCUUUCCCUUACUACCAUUACAGAGGAACCUACGCAAUACUCUUCGCACGAAAUUGUCGUGGAACCGGAAGUGGUAGUAGAAACCACCACUAUACCCACUAAACAAGGAGGGUCAAUUCCAAGCAGCGGUGAAAACAGCCGAAAUGCAACACCUACAGCCUCGGUUACCACCUUGCCUCAAACACAUCACGUGACCAGGGUCAAGGCCACAGCUACUGUUAAAGUGGAAGUUCACACACCUAUUCCAGGUUCCGUAGAGAGCAUCAAUCACGACCAUGUAUAUAAAAGUAAAAGGCGGAAGAAUAAAGAAACAGAGGCUCCCGACUCGGAUUCAAGUUCUAGAUCCUAGCAGGAAGUCUGUCAUCAUGGUAACCUUACAGUAUUUCCAGUCGUUAACGACAACAGUAUUCAUGUGGUGUUCUACUAAUGGUUGUGAUGAAGUCACGUGACUCCAGUGUUGAACGGCGUGUAACGUCAAACGUAACAUGUGUUCAGAACGUUUAUAUCUACAGUGUGCUACAAAGACGUUCAAUUUCGAGGAAUAUGUGGUGUUUUUAUGUUCGUUUUUUUAAAAUUGCUCAUUUACGGGUAUUUUUUUCAUGAACUAGAAUGAGACGAGAGCUAGUUUUUAUGUUGUGUGUGAUAGUUCUUAUGUUGCGGUGUAUGAGAGGAAUGACUGUAUUUAUUAGUGUUCAAAGGUGAAGUGUGUGCACCUGUGGAGUGAUGUGUGUGUUCAACUUUUGGCCACUAGACCAGAUGACUUCCGGUCAUGUGUGGAAGGUUGUUAACUGUUACAUAUCAGGCUGAAUGGUGAACAUAUCAAUGAUAACGGUGUGUUUGUAUUUGGGGUAUACAGAAUGUGAUAUAGCUUAUCAACCAAAGAAAUUUGUAGGAAAGUAUUACCUCGCCGUCAAAGUACGGCAAACUAUAUAGACCGUUCAAAUUACAACGAAUCUUUAACAGAACUAGAAUGUAGAAGUGAAUCUCAGGUUUAUUUAUAAUUGAAACAUGUGGAAUGUGUGAGGACAUUUUUCUAAAGCCAGUCAAAGUUUAAUUCAUUUAAUGCAUUUCUGAUUUGUCAAGAUUUUAUAUUUUGUAUAGUGUCCAGAAAAAAUAUUGUUUAUAGUUGUUGUUCCAUGACGAGUGUAGCUAUGGAUUUGGUGAAAUCCUUAAUUAUCCAGCAUUAAUUCUUUGUAGGGCGCCUCACCCCCCGGGGAUCGAGGCUCCCCCCAGCCGACCCCACCCCUGUUGUUGGCAUUUACUUUGUACACGUGACAUACCUCAGAGGAAGGGGGCGGGUCGGCUAAUCACCUGUGAUAGACUGAGUUUCUCAGCAUUAGUUGACUUUGUCGAUAGGUCGACUUGUUCACAUUAAGUCAAUAAAUUCAUGUCUUUCUAAUA